GCUCAGUGCCUGCCAGGCUGGCUGGCUGUGUUCUAAGAACAAAGAAGGCAGCAGGCUUGCAAGUUCUAGUUGCAGCUACUUGGGCACAUGCAAUGAUCAGAAGACUGGAGAGAACUUGCUGGAUCUGAUAUUCAAAGACUUGAGGCUGUGCAGCAGGUGAAUUUCACAGCAGUUGAAGUACAGGGCAGGCAGCUCCUUUGUGUGAGAAGGAGGUUUCAGCCAUUUUAGAGAAGAACGAGGGCCCAGGAGUGAGGAAGCCAGAAGGCUCACCUACCCUCUCCACAAUCUAGAAAAAGGAAAUUGCCACCCCUACCUUUCCUGCCGGGAUCCCAGGUCUUGAAGGGACCGCCCACAGCCUUGCAGAUCCUUGCCUUCCAGGGUUGUGCAUUUGCCACGCCCUGGGGGAACUCUGCUCCCAUGCCUCCCCACCCUGCACCCAGGCAGCUCUCUGGCCUUCGCUGCAGGCAGGUGAGCUCCAGAAGCUGCAGCCUGGGCCACCUGGCAGCUCCAGGUGCUAUGUGUGUGCGCUCCCAUGGAGACGGCCCCGGGGUUGGUGGCAAGAAGGCUGUCUCCCAAAGCUUUGUGGAUUCAGGAGAGGGAGAGACUGAAACAUCAGGUCCUUCAGGGUAGUCUGCCUGACCGCUCUAGUGCCAGCGAAGCCCAGGUCAUCUCCUGCAAGGCCACCCGGCGUCUGGUCUGAGGAUGGCCGAGCAGCAGGGCCAGGAGCCUGAGGCUGAGUGCCCUGUCUGUUGGAACCCCUUCAACAACACGUUCCACACCCCGAAAGUGCUGGAUUGCUGUCACUCCUUCUGCCUGGAAUGCCUGGCCCACCUCAGCCUGGUGACUCCGGCCCGUCGCCAGCUGCUGUGUCCACUCUGUCGCCAGCCCACUGUGCUGGCCUCUGGGCAGCCUGUCACUGACUUGCCCACGGAUAUUGCCAUGCUCACCUUGCUUCGCCUGGAGCCCCACCACGUCAUCCUGGAAGGCCGUCAGCUCUGUCUCAAGGACCAGCCCAAGAGCCGCUACUUCCUGCGCCAGCCCCAGGUCUACACACUGGACCUAGGCCCCGAGCCUGUGAACCAGACUGGGCCCCCCCAGGACAUGGCCUCUGCCACCAGGCCCAUGCCCAUCUCCAUCCCCAGCCACUACUCUCUGAGGGAGUGUUCCCGCAACCCUCAGUUCCGGAUCUUUGCCUACCUGAUGGCUGUCAUCCUGAGCGUCAUGCUCUUGCUCAUCUUCUCCAUCUUUUGGACCAAGCAGUUCCUUUGGGGGGUCGGGUGAGCAUCUGUUCCGGAUAAGGAACCAAGCCUUUCUCGGCCGCUGCUGGGCAUGGGGACUGCAGAGCCUCGUUUGGGGCUGCCUUCCUUUGUAGCAUUGUUCAUUUUUACAACCCAGGGAUCAGUUAGACCUUGUGUUUGCUUCUGGGAACAGAGACAGUCCUACUAUAAUGAGAACCUCUGAAAGCUAAAGGGCUGGGGAGAGCUGUGAAGAGCGUGUGAACCAUGGGGUCAUGGAAGGGCAGAGAAGCAGGUCUGUGACUCCAGAGCUACGUAGCAAGCUGUGCCAAAGGGUUGGACGACUAGCCAGGAAGCUGACCACCAGAAAUAGCAAGUCGCAUUUCUCCUUGGAGCUGCUCUGAACUCGGUUCACAUCUCCUUGAGUUGCUCUUUUUAUUAUGUGUUGCUAAAAAAUUUGGAAAGUGAGAUUUAGUUCUGUGAGCAAAUGUGUUUGUUUUCCCCUUUCUGUUUUCUGCUUGGAUAUCUUACCACCAGUCCCAGUAAAAAUGGU